AUGCAAGAGCCUAGUAGACUUAAUGCGAGAGCCAGUAGCUUUUUAGCUGAGUAUAAAGGUGCACAAACACAGCUAGCGGUGUCGAAGACUAAGGAUCACUCACAGUUAUGGCAGCCACCCGAGGGAACUAUGUAUAAACUCAACUUUGACACAACGGUGUUUGCGGACAUGACAUCUUCAGGUAUAGGAGUGAUAAUUCGAAAUAAUAGGUGGCAAGUCAUGGCAGCUCUGUCAUUGAAGAGUCAUGCAGUAGUGGAUAGUGAGGAGGCAGAGGUAUUGGUGUGUAGAAAAGUUUUGGAAUUUGCAGUGGAUGUUGGUUUUUCAAAACUGAUUGUGGAAGGCAACAAUAUAAAUGUAAUGAAAUCCAUCAAAUCAAAUCGGGUAGAUUUGUCUCGCCUGGGAAAUCUCUAUGAUGACAUUCGAUGUAUGGCUAGCUGUUUGCGACAUGUGGAUUUUCAUAGCAUCAAACGUAGUGCAAAUGGUGUAUCACACUCUUUAUCUCCUUAUGCUAGGCAUCUUAGUGAGGAUAUUGUUUGGCUAGAAGAUUCACCGCCCCGGCCUUAG